CCGAGGUCCCCGGGAGCCCGGGACGCGUCCGUCCACGCCGCGGGCGGAGCGCGGGAGAUCCUGGUGCGCCCGCUGGCGGGUCCCGAUCGCGGAAUCACUGAGAUUCUGAUGAACAGACCUCAUGCUAGGAAUGCGCUGGGCAAUGUGUUUGUCAGCGAGCUGCUGGAAGCUCUGGCCCGCCUGAGGGAGGACCAGCACCUGCGUGUCCUGCUCUUCAGAAGUGGAGUGAAGGGUGUAUUCUGUGCUGGUGCAGACCUGAAGGAGCGGGAGCAGAUGAGCGCGGAGGAAGUGGGAAUCUUUGUCCAGAGGCUUCGAGGCUUGAUGAAUGAGAUCGCAGCCUUCCCCACGCCCACCAUUGCGGCUAUGGACGGAUUUGCCUUGGGUGGGGGCCUGGAGCUUGCCCUGGCCUGUGACCUCCGGAUAGCAGCUUCCUCUGCAGUCAUGGGUCUGAUUGAGACCAGUAGAGGACUUCUCCCUGGCGCAGGAGGGACCCAGAGGCUGCCCCGUUGCCUGGGGGUGGCCCUGGCAAAGGAACUCAUCUUCACUGGCCGGCGGCUGAACGGAGUGCAGGCCCAUGCGCUGGGCCUGGUCAAUCAUGCCGUGGACCAGAACCAAGAGGGAGAUGCUGCCUACCAAAGGGCGCUGGUACUUGCCCAGGAGAUCUUGCCCCAGGCCCCCAUUGCUGUGAGGCUGGGCAAAGUUGCCAUUGACCGAGGAAUAGAGGUGGACAUUGCAUCGGGGAUGGCCAUCGAGGGCAUGUGUUAUGCCCAGAACAUCCCGACCCAGGACCGGCUGGAAGGCAUGGCAGCUUUCAGGGAGAAACGACCCCCCAAAUUCACCGGCAAGUGACCCCCCCCCCACACACACACACACUUGGCCUCCCCAACAGCAGGACCGGAGGAAGAGUUUGUAGGAUGGACCGUUCUCUUGCUUCCUCUGGCCUGCAAGGGAUAGAUGUGAAGUGAUUGGCAUGUGCCAACCACAACCAAUGCCACCUUCCUUUAUUGUUAUUCACCCUGCUUUGGAAAAUGCCUGACUCUCUCGACUCAAACAAUAAGCUAUGGUGAUGGCGCAUGGUUUUAAUCCCAGCAUUCGGGAGGCAGAGGUAGGAGGAUCGCUGUGAGACUCCAUAGAGAAUUCCAGGUCAGCCUGGGCUACAGUGAGACCCUACCUCGAAAAAAAAA